AUAUAUUUAAAUUCAAGUCCACCUCCUUCCUGUUGCCUUUUCCAUCGCUCUUUGCUCUCAAUGCAACAAUUUCAUUUAGCACAGUGGCCAGAUGUGCCAAAGACCUUUCUACCAUUGAUGCAUUCACAGGUGUCUGUUUGUUUAUUAGUGUUUUAUUCAUCAUUCUACCAGUUGCUGGAACUGUUUACAGUGCUGAUCUCUGGAGGAAAGCUAAGAACAACAAACAGCCUCCAGAUGCAAAUUAUGGGAGCACAACUUCAAUGCAAAAACAUACUAGUACAUCAAAAACAGAGGGGAGACAGACCCACGAAGCCAUAUCAGGGAUAUUGCCACUGGUAGAUGGUUCAAAGCAAAAUAAUGUUCUGGAAUGGGAGGCUAAAGUACUAAAAAACCCUAUCUACAUAUAUUCUCGAAGUGGUCCAUUUUAUUUAGGUGUUGACACAUUUUUCAUCAUUAGACUUCAGCCACUCCAUAUGUAUUCCGUGUGUCUUUUGGUUGGGUUGUAUUCUGUUACUCCAUGGGGAGCACUCUGGGAGUUCUUGAAACUUGAGGUGGAGAAUUGUAGAAGAAUGUGGUGGACCAACUUAUUGCUGAUAAACAACUUCAUUGCUGGACCCAAGUCAUGUAAUGGAUGGACAUGGUAUCUUGCAAAUGAUUUCCAGUUUUAUUUCAUAACGCCCCUGCUAGUCUUUCUUUACAACAGAAGGAAAUGCUGCCUUGUCAUCUUGGCAAUCUUUCUGUUCCUGGCAACGUUUACAGCUACAGCUUUGCUUUCAUUCUUCUACCGACUGCCUAUAGCAAACCCACAUGAUAUGAGGCAAAUGUCCACUGUGAUGUAUUUUCUAGAGUAUUACUCAAAACCUUACUGCCGAUAUGGUCCAUUUCUUGUUGGUGUCUUUCUCGGACUGUUCAUGUAUCACCACCAAGCAUCAAUUCUAAGAACCAAGGUUCAGGCUUCUGUUGGGUGGCUUUGUGCCACGAUCUUCAUGUUGAUGGUGAUUGCUUUGGCUUACAUUUUAGAAGACUCCAUCAGUUUCUAUUCGCCUGUAGUUGCCAUUUAUCAAGCUGUUCAUCGGACAUUUUGGGCAAUUGCUGUAGGAUGGAUCAUUUUCGCAUGUGAGGAAGGCUAUGGAGGAUUCAUCAACACCAUCCUUUCAUGGAGGGUUUGGACUGUGGUUGCAAGAAUUAGUUAUGCUUGCUACUUGGUGCAUCCAGUGAUCAUACUAUUAUAUAAUGGACUUCAAGAAACUUUGAUACAUUACUCAGACAUCAAUAUGUUCUACUUGUUCCUUGGACACUGCCUGAUCACAUUCAUGGUAGGAUUGGCAUUAACAGUGAUGGUUGAGAUUCCUCUUCAAAAAUUAAAGAAGUCUUUGGGUUCCAUGCACCAACAUGGAUCAAGACUUUAGAACAGCAAGAUGGA